AAUAUUUACUAGGGUCGGAAAGUGGGUAGCGGGAGUAAAAUAGUUUUGAAUUGUGGGUAAGCACACUUUGAAAACUUAAGAAGCAAAUAAAGGAAGAAAAAAGAGAGGAAUGGUUGGUAUGAGAAUGGCAUUGUAUCAGCCUCUUACCUACCCAUCGCUCAAUAGGGAAUAAAAUCAAUGUUAAGAUUCAUGAUCACAACAACCCCACUUUCCACUUCCCUUCAAAACCUAAAGAAACAGAGCCCUUUUGGUGCAAGAGGAAAACAGGAAAGAAUUGUCUGCCACUGCCAGAUUACACAAACUUCUCUAUCUCUAUCUCUCUCCCUCUUCCAAGCUGCGACGAUGGUUGGUAGCACCGUGUUCACUUUGGCUGAGGUUGCCUCCCACGACAACCGCAACGACUGCUGGUUGAUCAUUGAGGACAAGGUGUACGAUGUAACAAAGUUCCUUGAAGACCAUCCUGGUGGUGAUGAAGUCUUGUUGUCAGCCAUUGGUAAGGAUGCAACCAAUGAUUUUUUCGAUGUCGGGCACAGUAGUGCUGCUCGAGCGAUGAUGGAAGAAUUUUACGUCGGCGACAUCGAUAGCUCAACUAUCCCUACAAAAAGGAAGUACACUCCUCCAAAGCAGCCCCUAUACAACCAAGACAAGACACCAGAGUUCAUUAUCAAGGUCCUCCAGUUUCUAGCUCCCCUGGUAAUUUUGGCAUUGGCUUUUGGCAUCCAUCUCUAUACCAAAACAACAUGAACACUGAAACUAUAUCCAUUUUUUUUGAAAAAAUUGGUAUAUUUUGUUCCAAUGAGUGUACUAUGCUUGAAACUUGUUAUAUGAUGCCGCUGAAAAAUGUUUCAACUUCCUCUGUUAUAUAAUGUUUACUUACCAAAAACAUUAUCAAUAAAGAGUAGUUCUUGGCAA